AUGAGCUCAUCGUUCCGUGCACAGGCUCCUACCCGCCUAUGGACCCUUGGGCAGCGUAGCUUCUCAACCUCCACCGCAUUACGAAGGAUCAACAAGAUCUGUGCCUCCGAAAACGAUGCCAUCAAAAAAGUCAAAAGUGGAUCGACUGUUCUGGUCGGAGGCUUUGGCUUUUCUGGUGUCCCCGAAUCGCUCAUCGAAGCUGUUGCCGCGCGCAAGGACCUCAAAAACUUGACCGUUGUCUCAAAUAAUGCGGGCAUGCCUGGUGUUGGUCUUGGCCGAUUGCUGGAAACCCGACAGAUCAGUAAAAUGAUAGCGUCUUAUAUCGGAGAGAACAAGGUCUUUGAGAAAAUGUAUCUCAGUGGAGAUCUUAGCCUCGAGUUGAUACCGCAGGGAACGAUGGCGGAGAGGUGCGCUUCUGGGGCAGCUGGUGUACCAGCGUUCUAUACUCCAGCUGCCUAUGGCACUGUUGUACAGACUGGCGAAUUACCUGUCCGGUACAAUAGAGAUGGCUCCGUAGCGCUCAUGUCACGACCUCGAGAAACGCGUGAGUUUCACGGCAAGAAAUACAUACUCGAAGAAGCCAUAUUUGCCGACGUUGCUUUGGUCAAAGUUCACAAGGCCGAUAGGCUGGGCAAUUGUACAUUCCGGAAAGCACAGAACAACUUCAAUGAAGCGAUGGCGAAGAAUGCAAAGUUGACGAUUGUUGAGGCUGACGAGAUCGUUGAUGUUGGGCAGUUGAAUCCCGAGAGUGUUCAUAUUCAGGGAAUUUAUGUCGAUGUUAUCAUCCAGAGUACGAGGCCGAAGAAAAUUGAGAAGUUGACGUUUGCUCAGGAUGCCAAUACUAAAGACAAAGUUACGAGUGCCAACCAAAGGCGAGAACGCAUCAUCAAACGAGCUUCCAAAGAGCUGAAAGACGGUAUGUACGUCAAUCUCGGUAUCGGGAUGCCACUCGCGACACCAGGCAUGCUCCCAGACGAUUUAGAAGUCAUUCUACAAUCGGAAAAUGGCAUCCUAGGAAUGGGCAGAUACCCAAACCCUGGGGAAGAGGAUCCAGACCUCAUCAAUCCCGGCAAAGAAACCGUAACAUUGAACCCUGGGGCGUCAACUUUCGGGAGUCAUGAGAGCUUCGGUAUGAUCAGAGCUGGAAAGAUUGACUUGACCAUGCUUGGUGCACUGCAAGUCAGCCAAUAUGGAGACCUGGCCAAUUUCAUGCUACCUGGAAAGGUGAAGGGUAUCGGAGGUGCCAUGGACCUAGUCGCCAGCCCAGAGAAGACCAAAGUCAUAAUCACCAUGGAACAUGUUGACCGCAAUGGAAACCCAAAGAUCCUGGAAGAAUGCACAUUUCCGCUCACCGGUCCUCGAUGUGUAUCCAGAAUAAUCACCGACUUGGCCGUUUUCGAUUGUACACCUGAGGGUCUGGUGCUCAGGGAGCUGGUGGACGAGGUUGAGAUGGAUGAGCUCAAGAGCAAAACGGGUGCGACAUUCAGGAUCGCCGAUGACUUGAUACCGUACCAGACUUAG